AUGGUUGUGGCGGCGGCAGUGGGAGCCGCUCUGGCCGCCCGGGCGCGUCUCUAUGGUUCUCCCGCCGCCGUUACCGCGCUAUGGCGGCGGCGCUGCGGGUCCUCCCGCCCGCCAGACGGCGCCCUCGCCGAGGAGGUCGCUCUGUCCCGCCACAUCCGGGCCCCGAGCGGCGCGAUGGCGGCGGAGGGGCCCGAGGAGGGGCCGGGCGGCCCCGACGGGACCGGGGGGGCGAUGGAGGGGGACGGGGAUGGCGCCCCCCCGGCCGAGCCCCCCCCUCCCGCCCCCCCUUCCCCUGAGGCCGCCGCUGCCCCUCGCCCCCCGCAGGGCCUGAACGGGGCCCCCCCAGCCGAGCCCCCCCCGGAGGAGCCGCCCCCGUUCCCCCCCGAGUUCCAGCGGCUCUGGGGGGCGGCCCAGGGCAACCCCCACGACUUCAGUGCCUGGACAGACCUGCUGGCCUACGUGGAGCAGGAGGAGCUGCUGGAGGGCGCCCGGCGCGCGUUUGACGCGUUCUUCCAGCGCUACCCGUACUGCUACGGCUACUGGCGCAAGUACGCCGAACUGGAGAGGAGGCUGGGCAGUGCCCGCAGCGCACAGCAGGUGCUGGAGCGGGGGCUGCAGUCGAUCCCGCUGAGCCUGGAGCUGUGGCUGAGCUACAUCGGGCACCUGCAGAGCUCGCUGGACCCAGCACAGCCUGAGAGCGUCCAGAGGGUCAGGGGCGCGUUCGAGGCGGCGCUGGCUGCGGCUGGGAUGGAUUUCCGCUCGGACAAGCUCUGGGAAUCCUACCUGGAAUGGGAGCGGGAGCGCGGCGACCUGCGGGCGGUCACGGCCAUCUACGACCGCCUGCUGUCCAUGCCCACGCAGCUCUACAGCCACCACUGGGAGAGGUUCAAGGAGCACGUGCUGCAGCACCCCCCCGGUGCCAUCCUGUCCCCUGAGGAGCUCCUCUGGGUUCGCUCCAAGCUCGGCUCCAGCUCGGGCUCCGACCCCGCUCCCGCCCCGAAGGCGCCGCCCGAGGGCUCCGAGGCCCCCCCGGGGGAGGAGCCGUCCCCCGGAGCCCCGCCCGAGGGUCAGAUUGCAGUAUUUAUUCUUUCCCCCCUUGGGCCCCCCAUUCCCGUGGAUCCCCCGUGGCUCCAGGAGGAUCCGGACCAGGAGAAGAUCCGGGAGCUCGUGAUCUCCAUGAGGCAGCAAAUCUACGCCCAGAAUGAGGCCGAAGUCAGCAAGCGCUGGAAUUUUGAGGAUGGGAUCAAGCGUCCCUACUUCCACGUGAAGCCGCUGGAGCGGGCUCAGCUGCGGAACUGGCGCGAGUACCUGGACUUCGAGGUGGCCGCGGGCUCGCAGGAGCGCAGCAUCGUCCUGUUCGAGCGCUGCCUCAUCGCCUGCGCCCUCUACGAGGAGUUCUGGGUCAAGUACACGCGGUACCUGGAGUCCCGCACGGUGCCGGGCGCCCGCAGCGUUUUCCAGAGAGCCUGCGGCUUCCACCUGCCCCGCAAGCCCAACAUCCACCUGCUCUGGGCUGCCUUCGAGGAGAAACAAGGGAACAUUGAGGAGGCCCGGCGCAUCCUGCGCUGUUUCGAGGCGGCCGUGCCCGGCCUGGCCAUGGUGCGGCUGCGCAGGGUGAGCCUGGAGCGCCGGCACGGGCGCGUGGCCGAGGCCGAGGCGCUGCUGCUCGAGGCCAUGAGGGCCAACGAGGGGCUGCCCCUGGGCUCCUUCUACGCCGUCAAACUGGCCCGGCAGGUGUGCAAGGUGCAGAAAAACCUGGGCAAGGCUCGCAAAGUGCUCGUGGAGGCGCUGGAGAAGGACCCGGACAAUGCUCGGCUCCACGCCAACCUGCUGGAGAUGGAGUUUGGGGCGGAUGUGGGGCAGAACGAGGGGAACACCAUGAGCUGCUUCGAGCGUGCCCUGCGCAGCCCCCUGCCCGACGAGGCCAAGCUCCUGUUCUCCCAGCGCCGCGUCGAGUUCCUCGAGGACUUCGGCUCCAGCAUCCACAGCCUGCUCAAGGCCUACGAUGAGCACCAGAAGAUCCUGAAGGCGCACGCAACCCGAAAACGGGCACCUGAGAACGGCUCAGAAGAACACGAUGACAAACGGCUCCGUCCCGACGACCCCUCGGGACUCCUGGGGCCCCUCAACUUCUCAGGGGGAGACCCCAACCCCUCCUACAACUACUGGUACCAGCACGGCUAUGGCACCUACGGCUACCAGAGCCCCUGGGGCUACAGCCACUACUAUGGGCAGAGCUGAGGGGGGGGCUGCACCCCCACCCUGCCCUCACCCCCCUGUACAGAUUGUGGGACCCCUCCCCCAAAAUUUGGGGGGGGGGGCAUUGUAAAUAAAGAGGCUGUGAGGAGUUAUCUAA